AUGCCUACUGUAUUUCUGAGAGUUGAAGCGAUGGGGCAUAUACAUAAGAUUCUGACAAUAUUUCUCCUCCUAGCUGUCACUGAACGUGGAAACGGAAACCCAUCACCAAGCACUACCUGGAUAAAUAAUUGGAUAAGAGACAACAACUGCGAGUCAAAAAAGAUUGAAAUUCGAGAUGGAUUUGCAAAGUAUUUCGAAAAAAGCGUGAUAUGUGAACCAGGAGUUACUAGUUUCACUUAUGUGGAGGAAUGUCCAGAAUUAUGUUGGGAUCCAGUCAAAGCAGAAAAGCUCGACUGGCGGUAUAAGGUCUUACCGAUUAGAUCUGAAAUUAAAAUCGACGGACAUGAAAUAGAAGUAAUCAAGUCAUGCACGUGUUCAGGCGUCCUAAAUAAACUGGGCUCCGCAGCCAAUAAAAUGAAUAAUGUCGUAACGUGUUCUUCAAAUAUGCUUGAUGAUGUGAAAAGUAAUCACACCGGAAGCAUCAAAAUCAUACCAAAAAGUGGCCACACCAUCGACUGGUAUACAAAUGUUGUGGCUGUGUGUCUACGACAUCAUCACGUGGGUUGCAGCAAAAGAGCAAUCCGCGGCAGAAGAUUGAUAAACAGACACGGAAGAAGACGUUCAAAUAAAUAGACAUGUACAAU